UAAAUUAGCGAGGUAUUUUGAGCGUGAAAUUGACAAGCGCGAAAACUGGAAGGUUAUGUUUCGGGCAGAAGUGUGAAAGAGAUUCCCUGUUUGGCAGUGCAUUACAGAAAAGCCUGACAGCGAGGUGCCCUGCCUCUAACAUGGCCACCACAGAGAUUGAAGGAUGGGUGCUGGACUAUGCUUGUAAACACAAGCUCCAUGAGGUCAUUGCAGCCCUGGUGCAGAGACAUGGAGAGGAUCUCUCAUCUCUUGCCAUCCCUCAUGCACGCCUGUCGACAGCGACAAUCCACCGCAUCAUACACUGCCGUGAGCUGGAGGACUUUGAGACUGCCAUCCACCUGACAGAACAGCUGUACCAAACACUAGGAGAAGCCUGCCCCUUCACGAUAUACUUCAGACUUACCUAUGGUUUGAAGAUGAAGGUAUUAUUUGAUUACUUGAAGAAAGACUCCCAGUCUCCCCGUGUCCUGAACCUGAUGUUGAACAGAUACUUCCCCAGGUGUAGCAGUGCUGAUUUAAACACAACGCAGAGGAACAUGUCCCGACUGCAGACGAGGGUAAGCAACUUCAGAAAGUUCUUCCUCUCUCUCUGUCUGAAUGAGAACCAGAGGAAGAGCUUCUUGCGGGAUGAAUAUGACACAGAGUUUGGAGAGGAGUUCCUGUCUUCUCUGGAGAAACAUGUGGACCGGUUCCUCCAGGAAGUGGAGAAAUGUCUUCCUCUCACUGUCCUAGACAAGAUUCUGCAAAAGGGCGUAGAGUCUGUCUGCCGUAGUGUACCAUCCAUGUCUGUCUCCAUGGAUAUCCUGCUGGAAUGUCUGCUGAACAAGUCCAGACUCCAUGCCCUUGAUCUACUGGAUCUCUUGACCCUCAUCCAUCCAAUGAGCACACAGGAUCAGAUCAGGCCCUGCUUACAACUCAGUCUAUGUUCGGAAGAAAGCUUUCAUGAUUCUCAGGAAGGAGGUGAUUUGCCAGACUGCCACAUCAGCGACCUGAAGGCAGGAACGGAGAGGUCCAUAGAGACCAGGAUGAAGGUGGUUGACCUAACAGUCCCCGAGUUGAGCCAGGCAGUCACUGCAUCUGCAGAAUCUGUCUCAGUCCUCAGCAAGAAGAGGCCAGGUGUUUUGCAGUCAAGGGCCUGCACUGCAGCUGACCCUCUUGCUGACCCAUCUGCUGACCCUCUUGCUGACCUGAACCCAUCUCAGGUCUGCAUUAUCUCCAGCAGCAGUGACAGCACCACACAGGGGUCACAGGUCACAGGGCAGGUCAUGGAGGCCAUGGAUGUGUGCAGAGCAUCAUCAGCUUCCAUUGCAAAUCACCAUCUGAGAGGGCCAGCCGGUGACUCUGACAUUCAACUAUGGACAGACAACUCAUUGGAGGAAUCAGCAAACGCUGACUCCAGUUUGUCAGACAUUUGUGCCAGUGAAAUCAUCCCAUCUUCCAACACUGAUGAAAUAGAGGCGCUGAGAUGUUCGUCAGCAGUGUCCUACCCCAGUCUAGGCCGACACCAGAAGAGCUGCAGUGUGAAGUUGUGUGUGGUGAAACUGUACAGGAACAAGCGCAUGGAUGUUACUCAGCAGGGAGCCAGGUUGACGAUGUACAGCUGACAGGCACCAGGGAGCCAAGGUGACGAUGUACAGCUGACAGGCACCAGGGAGCCAAGGUGACGAUGUACAGCUGACAGGCACCAGGGAGCAAAGGUGACGAUGUACAGCUGACAGGCACCAGGGAGCCAGGGUGCCGAUGUACAGCUGACAGGAGCCAGGGUGACGAUGUACAGCUGACAGGCACCAGGGAGCCAGGGUGACGAUGUACAGCUGACAGGCACCAGGGAGCCAGGGUGACGAUGUACAGCUGACAGGCACCAGGGAGCAAUGGUGACCAUGUACAGCUGACAGGAGCCAGGGUGACGAUGUACAUCUGACAGGCACCAGGGAGCCAGGGUGACGAUGUACAGCUGACAGGCACCAGGGAGCCAAGGUGACGAUGUACAGCUGACAGGCACCAGGGAGCCAAGGUGACGAUGUACAGCUGACAGGCACCAGGGAGCCAGGGUGACGAUGUACAGCUGACAGGCACCAGGGACCCAGGGUGACGAUGUACAGCUGACAGGCACCAGGGACCCAAGGUGACGAUGUACAGCUGACAGGCACCAGGGAGCCAAGGUGACGAUGUACAGCUGACAGGCACCAGGGAGCCAAGGUGACGAUGUACAGCUGACAGGCACCAGGGAGCCAGGGUGACGAUGUACAGCUGACAGGCACCAGGGAGCCAAGGUGACGAUGUACAGCUGACAGGCACCAGGGAGCCAAGGUGACGAUGUACAGCUGACAGGCACCAGGGAGCCAAGGUGACGAUGUACAGCUGACAGGCACCAGGGAGCCAAGGUGACGAUGUACAGCUAACAGGCACCGGGGAGCCAAGGUGACGAUGUACAGCUGACAGGCACCAGGGAGCCAAGGUGACGAUGUACAGCUGACAGGCACCAGGGAGCCAGGGUGACGAUGUACAGCUGACAGGCAGCAGGGAGCCAGGGUGACGAUGUACAGCUGACAGGCACCAGGGAGCCAGGGUGUCGAUGUACAGCUGACAGGCACCAGGGAGCCAAGGUGUCGAUGUACAGCUGACAUGCACCAGGGUGAAAAUGUACAGCUAACAGGCACCGGGGAGCCAAGGUGACGAUGUACAGCUGACAGGAGCCAGGGAGCCAAGGUGACGAUGUACAGCUGACAGGCACCAGGGAGCCAAGGUGACGAUGUACAGCUGACAGGCACCAGGGAGCCAAGGUGACGAUGUACAGCUGACAGGAGCCAGGGAGCCAAGGUGACGAUGUACAGCUGACAGGCACCAGGGAGCCAAGGUGACGAUGUACAGCUGACAGGAGCCAGGGAGCCAAGGUGACGAUGUACAGCUGACAGGCACCAGGGAGCCAGGGUGACGAUGUACAGCUGACAGGCACCAGGGAGCCAAGGUGACGAUGUACAGCUGACAGGCACCAGGGAGCCAAGGUGACGAUGUACAGCUGACAGGCACCAGGGAGCCAGGGUGACGAUGUACAGCUGGCAGGCACCAGGGAGCCAAGGUGACGAUGUACAGCUGACAGGCACCAGGGAGCCAAGGUGACGAUGUACAGCUGACAGGCACCAGGGAGCCAAGGUGACGAUGUACAGCUGACAGGCACCAGGGAGCCAAGGUGACGAUGUACAGCUGACAGGCACCAGGGAGCCAGGGUGACGAUGUACAGCUGACAGGCACCAGGGACCCAAGGUGACGAUGUACAGCUGACAGGCACCAGGGACCCAAGGUGACGAUGUACAGCUGACAGGCACCAGGGAGCCAAGGUGACGAUGUACAGCUGACAGGCACCAGGGAGCCAAGGUGACGAUGUACAGCUGACAGGCACCAGGGAGCCAGGGUGACGAUGUACAGCUGACAGGCACCAGGGAGCCAAGGUGACGAUGUACAGCUGACAGGCACCAGGGAGCCAAGGUGACGAUGUACAGCUGACAGGCACCAGGGAGCCAAGGUGACGAUGUACAGCUGACAGGCACCAGGGAGCCAAGGUGACGAUGUACAGCUAACAGGCACCGGGGAGCCAAGGUGACGAUGUACAGCUGACAGGCACCAGGGAGCCAAGGUGACGAUGUACAGCUGACAGGCACCAGGGAGCCAGGGUGACGAUGUACAGCUGACAGGCAGCAGGGAGCCAGGGUGACGAUGUACAGCUGACAGGCACCAGGGAGCCAGGGUGUCGAUGUACAGCUGACAGGCACCAGGGAGCCAAGGUGUCGAUGUACAGCUGACAUGCACCAGGGUGAAAAUGUACAGCUAACAGGCACCGGGGAGCCAAGGUGACGAUGUACAGCUGACAGGAGCCAGGGAGCCAAGGUGACGAUGUACAGCUGACAGGCACCAGGGAGCCAAGGUGACGAUGUACAGCUGACAGGCACCAGGGAGCCAAGGUGACGAUGUACAGCUGACAGGAGCCAGGGAGCCAAGGUGACGAUGUACAGCUGACAGGCACCAGGGAGCCAAGGUGACGAUGUACAGCUGACAGGAGCCAGGGAGCCAAGGUGACGAUGUACAGCUGACAGGCACCAGGGAGCCAGGGUGACGAUGUACAGCUGACAGGCACCAGGGAGCCAAGGUGACGAUGUACAGCUGACAGGAGCCAGGGAGCCAAGGUGACGAUGUACAGCUGACAGGCACCAGGGAGCCAGGGUGACGAUGUACAGCUGACAGGCACCAGGGAGCCAAGGUGACGAUGUACAGCUGACAGGAGCCAGGGAGCCAAGGUGACGAUGUACAGCUGACAGGCACCAGGGAGCCAGGGUGACGAUGUACAGCUGACAGGCACCAGGGAGCCAAGGUGACGAUGUACAGCUGACAGGAGCCAGGGAGCCAAGGUGACGAUGUACAGGUGACAGGAGCCAGGGAGCCAAGGUGACAAUGUACAGCUAACAGGCACCAGGGACCCAGGGUGACGAUGUACAGCUGACAGGCACCAGGGAGCCAGGGUGACGAUGUACAGCUGACAGGCACCAGGGAGCCAAGGUGACGAUGUACAGCUGACAGGCACCAGGGAGCCAGGGUGACGAUGUACAGCUGACAGGCACCAGGGAGCCAAGGUGACGAUGUACAGCUGACAGGCACCAGGGAGCCAGGGUGACGAUGUACAGCUGACAGGCACCAGGGAGCCAGGGUGACGAUGUACAUCUGACAGGCACCAGGGAGCCAGGGUGACGAUGUACAGCUGACAGGCACCAGGGAGCCAGGGUGACGAUGUACAGCUGACAGGCACAAGGGAGGAACCUUAUUAAUGUUCUGUGCAUAUAUGUAUUCCCAAAUAACCAACCUACAAGGUGACAAGAAUUCUUUAUGCAUCUUUAAUUUACGACUGAUAAGUAGAAUCUUUCAGUAGAAAUCCCUGAAAACGUGGUACUAUUUUCUGGGGCAGGUCAUUUCUGAUGAGCGUAUCAAGACACAGUGAACAAUAUUUAUAUAUUUGUAAAUAAAUGUUUAUCAUGGUUAAUAGCAUGAGCAAAUGUUAUUUAUUUUUAUGUCAUCACAUGGCUUUGUACGUAUGCAUACUAUGUGUUGUUUGAGAUGAAACAGUUGAGUCCCCUGUGUUGAUGAAGUAGACAUCUGUAGCACGUAUGGGCAAUCUGUGACAAGGCACUGGUAAGUGCGGAGCAACAGCUACAUGGUCACAGCAUGGGUUUUAGUAUAAUAUAAAAGUGAUGAAAACAUGCAGACAGGAAGGCACAUUCACUUAGCAUUUAAACUGUAAUGUCAUGAUUGACAGCUUUUGGCAGUUCAUAUUAAUCUAUUUUAACAGUUCUCCUUUUCAAACUUUUAAGUUGUAAAUAUAGUUCAUUAUUUGUACAGAUGAUAAAUAUUACAGGCACCAGGGAGCCUAGAGUAAAAACUCAAUUGCUCAAAAAUUUAUCUUGAUCUCUGGAUAACUCUGGUGGAUAAUGCAUGCAUGCAUGGGUGAGCUGACUAUAUGUUCACUAAUGUUCACCACUAUGCCCACUCUGAGCAGAAGCCGUGCAUACUCGUGCAUACUCGGCCAUCCUCGGACCAAUUCCCAUGAAUUGUCAAUUAUUUCGCAGCCGAAUGUUCCUGAAAAUCACAUAACAAAUUUGUUCAAUGUAGAUAGUAGAUACACAGUUUGUUCAUGUGUCAGUGUGCAUUAUAUAUGAACAGAAUAUGUUUGGACAAAACAGUAUAGAAAUGUCACAUUGUAGCUCUUGUAUAUGACACAAACACUAGUUACUUGCCAACACUCAAAUACUUUACCAUGAUGUUAACAUGAUAUAAUACAGUUUAAUAUUACAUUUAGAAAGAAAUCUGUUAAAUACUCACCUCAACCCUAUUGAACACAUAUGGAACGAGCUGCAGAUAGCCCUCUCCUCACAACGCCCUUUCCUUACUGCAACUCUACAGGAACUCUCCAAUGUUCUUACUGGAAACUGGAAUAAUCUUCCCUUGGCAAUCAUCAAGACACUUUUGGGAGCAGGAGACGACGGUGCCAGGCUGUGAUCACUUCACGUGGAUCACACAUGUGUUUCUGAGAGUUGUUUGGACAAUGAAUUUGUUUUCGUGAGUUUUUGCCGUUGGUCACAUGUUGUUUGUUGGCAUUGUGUAGCAAAUGACAACGGACUUUUGAUCAUUAACAUGUCUUCGUGCAGUGUUGUCUUUGGCUCUCACCAGAUGCACACAAUAUCACCUAUUACAUUUAAAAGUGGUGAUUCUCAGCAACAUGUGAGUAGCAUGAUAAAAAAAUAUUGUCUUUUUGAGAGAAAAAUACAUGUUUUCUCAGUUGAUAUGUCCAUCUGUGGUAAAGAUUCUUUAAUACAUUAACUUCUCAGGAACUUUGAAGGCUUUCCUUGACAGUAUAUUUUGACAUGAUAUAAUUGUUCAAAUUAGUCCGCUUAGUAGAAGGUAUUAAAUAGUUUGUAAUCAUUUCCCCCAUAAUUGAAGGAUUACAAUAUGUAUAUGAUCAAAGAUAAGAAUAUAUAACAGAGAUGAAUUUUGUUUUGCAUCAUAUAUUUUUCACCUGUAUAAACUGACGUUUUCUUUAAUUUUUGGUUAAAUCAGUAUUAAAAGUAUGCAAAUGA